AGGUACUUUUAUUUGGAAAAUGUCGGAAAUUCCGUGACCCGGACGUACUAUUUUAGCGUUGCUGACGCCGUUGAAGAAAGAUGGCAGCAGCUGGAAGAGCAAUUGUGCAGGCUGUGCGCCUUCACUCGCCACUUAUAAAGUUUCCCAAUCGCCUUAGUGACCCAAGACCCAAUGUACAAGAGGUGCUGAAAAUGGGAGUUGCCGCAGCACAGCAGUCCAGUGGUACACAUAGUUCACCUUUGACCUCUGCACCAUCACCCCUGACUCGCCUCCCGGGAAUCUCAGAUACCGCUGCAACUAUCAGAGAUCUUCCCCAGAGGUAUCGAAGAAGGAUAGUUGCUCCAGAGGAGAUGGAGUACAUCCAGCGUGGUGGACCAGAGUAACAGACAUCUUCACUGAUAACCUGCCAAACCAUUCUCUGGAUAUUUACUCAGUACUGUAUAGCUUUUUAGGAGCGUAACUGCCAGAGAUUCCAAUAUAAAAUGCACAAAGAAACAUUUAUCAUUUAUUAAUAUUUAUCCUAUUGGAUCAGAGCACUGAAAUGUUUAUUUUUAUGUUCAAGCAGUGCUGAUAACCUCAAAUGCUUUUUUGAAUGUAUUGUGAUAUGUGAUGGGAAGUAUGCAGAUUCAAGCAUUGUCUAGUUGUCUUCUAAUAGCCUAUGUAUUAUGCAAAGUAAAGCGAAAAACUGUAAACGCUCCAUUGUCAUGGCUAUCAGUUAUCUACCUGAUAACAGCUACAGUGCCUUCAGAAAGUAUUCUCACCUCUUCACUUUUUUCACAUUUUGUUGUUACAGCCUGAAUUUUAAAUGUAUUAAAUGGAGUUGUUUUCACUGAUCUACAAAAUACCCCAUAAUGUGAAAGUGGAAUUAUGUUUGUAGGAAUGGUUACAAAUGAAAAGCUUAAUUGUCUAGAGUCAAUAAGUAGUCAACCCUUUUGUUAUGGCAAGCCUAAAGUUCAGGAGUAAAAAAUCUGCUCAACAAUCCACAUAAGUUGCAUGGACUCAACUUGUGUGCAAUAAUAAUGCUUAACAUGAUUUUUAAAUGACUGCCCCAUCUCUGUACCCCACACAUACAAUUAUCUGUAAGGUCCCUAAGUUGAGCAGUGAAUUUCAAGCACAGAUUCCACUUUGCGAACCAAGGUUUUCCUAUGGUCCGCAAAGAAGAGCACCUAUUGGUAGAGGGUGCAGUUAUUCAUUUUACACUUUGGAUGGUGUAUCAAUACCCCCCAGUCACUACGAAGAUAGUCGCCCUUCCUAACUCAGUUGCCGCAGAGGAAGGAAACCGCUCAGGGUUUUCACUGAGGCCAAUGGUGAUUUUAAAACGGUUACAGAGUUUAAUGGCUAAAAUGACAGAUUAACUGAGGAUGGAUCAACAACAUUGUAGUUACUCAAAUACUAACAUAAAUGACAGUGUGAAAAGGAAGGCUCUACCGAAUAAAAAAUAUUCCAAAACAUGCAUCAUGUUUGCAAUAAUGCACUACGGUAAUACUGCAAAUAAUGUGGCAAUGAAAUUUGUUUUUUGUCCUGAAUACAAGUUUUAAUGUCACGUGCACAAGUACAGUGAAAUGCCAUUCUUGCAAGCUCCAAACACAACAAUGCAGUAAUCUACAAAGCAUUAUGUUUGGGACAAAUCCAACACAUUGCUGAGUACCUCUCUUCAUAUUUUCAAGAAUGGUGGUGGCUGCAUCAUGUUAUGGAUAUUCUUGUCAUCGGCAAGGGAGUUUUUUUUAUAAAUAAGAAACGGAAUAGAGCUAAGCACAGACAAAAUCCUAGAGUAAAACCUGGUUCAGUCUGCUUUCCACCUGACACUGGGAGAUUAAUUCACCUUUCAGCAGGACAAUAACCUAAAACACAAGGCCAAAUCUACACGAGUUGCUUACCAACACAUUUCUUUUUUUGUCUUUCCUAUAUAUAGCUCUUUUAUUUUUUAUUUAAUGUAAUAUCUUAUGUUGUUCUUGUCUAUUACUGUUCUGUACUUUGUCAUGUAUUUGUAUGUUUUGUGUGGACCCCAAGAAGAGUAGCUGCACCGAGUUAAUGUUUUGACAUAAAUCUACUUGAAAAUCUAUGGUUGUCUAGCAAUGAUCAACAACCAACUUGACCGAGCUUGUACAAAGUUUACUCAGGGGGUGUGAAUAUUUAUGUAAAUUCAUUUUCCCCAAAAUGUCAAAACAUUUCUAAAAACACGUUUUCACUUUGUCAUUAUGGGGAAUUGCAUGUAGAUGGGUUAAUAAAAAAUCAAAAAAAUUUAAUACAUUUUUAAUUCAGGCUGUAACACAACAAAAUGUGGAAUAAGUCAAGGGGUAUGAAUACUUUCUGAAGGCACUGGAGUUGCUUACCAGUGAAUGUUCCUGAGUGGCCUGGUUUCAGUUUUGACUUAAAUCGUCUUGAAAAUCUAUGGCAAGACUUGGAAUUGGCUUUCGAGCAAUGAUCUACAACCAACUAGACAGAGCCUGACAAUUUUUUUUAAAGAAUAAUGGACAAAUAUUGUUCAUUACCGGUGCAAAGCUUUUGGAGACUUACCCAGAACGACUCAGCUGUAAUCGCUGCCAAAGGUGAUUCUAACAUGUAUUGACUCAGGGGUUUGAAUACUUAUCUAAUCAAGAUACAGGUACAGUGGGGCAAAAAAGUAUUUAGUCAGCCACCAAUUGUGCAAGUUCUCCCAGUUAAAAAGAUGAGAGAGGCCUGUAAUUUUCAUCAUAGGUACUGGGACCAAAGUAACAAAGCCUACCAUCAGUAACACACUAUGCCGCCAGGGAGGAAGAAAGAAUGAAUGGGGCCAUGUAUCGUGAGAUUUUGAGUGAAAACCUCCUUCCAUCAGCAAGGGCAUUGAAGAUGAAACGUGGCUGGGUCUUUCAGCAUGACAAUGAUCCCAAACACACCGCCCGGGCAACGAAGGAGAGGCUUCUUAAGAAGCAUUUCAAGGUCCUGGAGUGGCCUAGCCAGUCUCCAGAUCUCAACCCCAUAGAAAAUCUUUGGAGGGAGUUGAAAGUCUGUGUUGCCCAGCAACAGCCCCAAAACAUCACUGCUCUAGAGGAGAUCUGCAUGGAGGAAUAGGCCAAAAUACCAGCAACAGUGUGUGAAAACCUUGUGAAGACUUACAGAAAACGUUUGACCUCUGUCAAUGCCAACAAUGGGUAUAUAACAAAGUAUUGAGAUAAACUUUUGUUAUUGACCAAAUACUUAUUUUCCACCAUAAUUUGCAAAUAAAUUCACAAAAAAUCCUACAGUGUGAUUUUCUGGAUUUUUUCUCUCUAAUUUUGUCUGUCAUAGUUGAAGUGUACCUAUGAUGAAAAUUACAGGCCUCUCUCAUCUUUUUAAGUGGGAGAACUUGCACAAUUGGUGGAUGACUAAAUAUUGUUUUGCCCCACUGUAUAUUAGUGUAAUAUUUUGGAGGGUGGGGGUACUUUUUCUUCCACUUUGAGUAUUUUGUGUAGAUCGUUUGCAAAAAAUGACAUCCAUUUUAAUCGCAAUUUGUAAUACAAGAAAUUGUUAAAAUAGUCAAGAGGUGUGAAUACUUUCUGAAGGCACUGUAUAUAUAUACCCCCUUCCAUAUGUGUUGGACAGUGAAGCAAAAUGGUUUUAUUUGGCUCUAUACUUCAUUUUGGAUUUGAGGCAACAAUACAGAAUGUCACCUAUUUAUAUGAGGGUAUUUUCAUACAUAUGUUUUACCAUUUAGAAAUGAAAACACUAUGUAUCUAGUCCCCCAAGUGAAUAAGUCGUGUAUUUGGACAAAUUUGCUUAUAGGGUAUUAAAGUAAUCAAAAGUUUUGUA